AUGACUCGAGUUCCUUUUGCCAAACUAGUUGGUGCAAUCCAUGGAGGAUGGAGAUGGUGGUGGGAUGGAACCAACAGUAGAGAUGAGCUCGCAAGAGUAGCUCUCACGCUUUCCAUACCACUACUUCUAAUCCUGUGGUUAUAUACACUGAGACACAAAACUUGGAAGGGAACCCACCCUCUGCCACCAGGCCCUCGAGGUCUCCCUUUGGUUGGGAACCUUCCAUUCCUCGGUCCUAACCUGCAUCAAUGCUUCUCGCAGUAUGCUCGGACUUAUGGACCCAUCUUUAAGCUUCACUUAGGCAACAAACUGUUUGUUGUCGUGAGCUCACCAUCCAUAGCCAAGGAGGUCUACAGGGAGAACGACAUCAUCUUCUCCAACCACGACCAGCCCAUUGCAGCAAGAGUCAUAUCAUACAAUGGCUCGAACUUGGUGAGAUGCCCCUACGGUCCAACUUGGCGCAUGCUUCGUCGAGUAUUCGUCAACGAGCUUCUCAAUAGCAGGAUCCUCGAUGCACGUUAUAGGCUAAGGCGACUGGAGAUUCGUCGAAUGGUACGCAACCUGUACACGAAGAAUGGCACAGCCAUUAAUGUGGGAGAGGUAGCAUUUGCCACCACUCUUAAUUUGCUGACAAGCAUGCUUUGUGGUGGGGAGCUCGAGUGGGAAACCAUGGGCACCGAGUUCCGCCGAGCGGUGGUGGAGACUGUGGAGCUCAUGGGGAGACGUAAUAUUUCGGACUUCUUUCCGUUUCUGGCGUGGUUUGAUCUGCAAGGCGUAGAGCGUGAGAUCAAGGAGCGGGUGUCAUGGUUGGACCGGGUUUACGAAGCCAUGAUCGAGGAAAGAGUGAGAUUGGAUGGUGCAGUGGGUGAGGGUGGUGAGAAGGGAGAAGAACGUAAGGAUAUCUUAUCGAUGCUACUGAGGAUUAGGAAUGAUGGAGAUGCUGAAGUGCCAUUGACGGAUGCCAACCUCAAGGGACUGAUCACGGACCUCUUGGUCGGAGGCACGAACACUACCUCCACUACAGUGGAGUGGGUCAUGGCCGAGCUGAUGCACCACCCCGACAUCAACCGGAGAGCCCGGCAGGAGCUCGCUGCCGUGGUCGGCGGACCUGACGCGGCCGUCGAGGAGUCCCACGUCCCCAGGCUCAAGUAUCUACGGGCAGUGAUCAAAGAGGCGCUGCGGCUCCACCCGGUGGUACCGCUGCUGGUCCCCCGCGUCCCCUCCGAGCCCUGCGUCCUUGGCGGUGGGUACCUCAUCCCCGCCGGGGCCCGCGUGGUGACCAACGUCUGGGCCAUCCACACCGACCCGUGGCUCUGGGACUCCUCUGCCGAGUUCCGGCCAGAGAGGUUCUUAAACGAAGGCGGCGGCGGCGGCGGCGGCGCCGAGUUCCGGUACUUUCCCUUCGGGGCGGGCCGGAGGCGCUGCGCGGGGCUGGCGCUGGUGGAGAGGAUGCUGCCUCUGCUGGUGGCGACGCUGCUGCACGCCUUCGAGUGGAGGGUGCCGGAGGGCGUGGAGUUGGAUCUCUGCGAGAGGCCGGGGGUCACCAUGACCAAGGAGAAGCCAGUGCUGGCUAUUCCGACGCCCCGGUUUUCUAAUCCGGAUAUCUAUGGCUGA